UGGCGUUGCUUCUGUCUUUUGGGAAAGGCCUGGGGAAUAGGUUCAGAGAGCCACGUGCAGGAAGUGUCCCUCCGGUAGCAUGGCGGCUGCGGGCAUGAACAGAAAAAAGCAAAGGCUGCGAGAUGUUUCUUCUGCAGCUGCUGGAGGGGCCGGCGGCAAGAGGCGAAAGUUUCUAGUGGCGGAGGAGAAAUCCUGGCAGAAAGGUGGCUCCAAACUGAAUGAGGAGAUCUCCAGUGACUCUGAGCCAGAUAGCCCUGCAAAGAAAAAGAACAAUGAAGCAGAAGAGGAGAUUGAAGAGACACCACAAGAGAAGAAAUUGAGAUUAGCAAAAUUAUACCUGGAGCAACUUCGACAGCAAGAAGAGGAAAAAGCAGAAGAAGAGGCCUUAGAAAGGGAUCUGGUUGCUGGUCGACUGAAGGAAGAUGUGCUUGAGCAGAAAGGGAAAUUACAGCGACAAAUAGCCAAAAGUCUGCAGCUUCCAAACCAAGCUGACAUCCAGGUUCUGCAAGGACACCGCCUGCCCAUCACUUGUCUAGUCAUAUCACCAGAUGAUAAAUACAUCUUUUCUGCUGCCAAAGACUGCUCCAUCAUCAAAUGGGACGUGGAGAACGGGAGGAAGCUGCAUGUGAUCCAUGGAGGGAAGAAGGUGACCGAAGAAAGUCAUGGCCAUACAGCACACAUCAUGUCCAUGGCUAUCUCCUCGGACGGUAAAUAUCUGGCUACAGGAGAUAAGAACAAACUCAUUAUGAUCUGGGAAGCAGCAACCUGCCAGCACCUGUAUAAGUUCACGGGUCAUCGUGAUGCUGUGUCGGGCCUGUCUUUCCGAAAAGGGACACACCAAUUGUACAGCGCCUCACAUGAUCGAUCAGUCAAAGUGUGGAAUGUGGCAGAGAAUGCCUAUGUGGAAACUUUGUUUGGCCAUCAGGAUGUGAUCACAGGUCUGGACAGCCUGAGCCGGGAGUGCUGUGUCACGUCAGGGGGAAGGGAUAACACUGUCAGAGUCUGGAAGAUCCCUGAGGAAUCCCAACUUGUGUUCUAUGGGCACCAGGGUUCCAUUGACUGUAUUCAGCUGAUCAAUGAGGAGCAUAUGGUGUCUGGGGCAGAUGAUGGGUCAAUAGCCCUCUGGGGGCUCUCAAAAAAGAAACCAUUAAGCACAGUGAAGAAGGCCCACGGUUUCCACGGUUCACAAGGCCUGGAUCAGCCAUAUUGGAUCACUUCUGUUGCUGCCUUGCUCAACAGUGACAUUGUAGCCACAGGUUCUCACAGUGCCAGUGUGAAGUUGUGGAAAUGUAGAGAGGGAUUCCGGAAGCUGGAACCACUGUUUGAUAUUCCCUUGGUUGGCUUUGUUAAUAGUUUGAAAUUCUCAAACACUGGACAUUUUCUAGUUGCUGGAAUUGGACAAGAACAUAGAUUGGGUCGUUGGUGGAGGAUCAAAGAGGCUAAGAAUAGCAUCUGCAUUAUUCCACUGAAGAAGACAGCAGCGGGCAACACAGAGAUGCCUGUGGAAGGCUCCUAAUGUUCUUCUUUUUCCUUUGAAGGACCCUCGUAAAUUAACCUGUAUAUUAAAACUUUCUUUUUUUGUAAAAUAGCCUUGGAAAUUUGUUAUCCUCUCAGAUAUUGAUUAGAAUAUCAACAGGGGAGCUGUGCUUCCUGAAAUUAAAAAAAAAACCAUUAUGUUCUAUGGCAGAGAGCCCUAGCAUUUUUGAGCCUGUGAGCACCGUUGGAAUUCUGCCAUAGGGUGGUGAGUGCAGCCAGGAAAAUGCUGCCACAGGAGGCAUAGCCAACCACAAAAUGUCAAAGUGAGGUGAUGCUUAAGUCUAGUAGAAACUGGACUCAGAUCUUGUUAGUUUCAGAAAUUGAAUAGCUGGUACUUCAGGUAUAUUACCUGAGCCAAACAAGAGCCAUCAAUCAGCCUGGUCUUCUUGUUCUCUUUUGGGGCCAGUGUGUAAUUGUAUAUAAAAAAUAAGUUCAUCUUUCACACUUCCUCUCCCUAUCCUUUUGUCAUACCCAUUGUGAGGAGUGCAAGUCAGACACUUGCUUAUAGGAUUUUAGUCAUUGGUGCCAACCAGCCAUAUUCCUGCUUAUAGGAUUUUAGUCAUUGGUGCCAACCAGCCAUAAUCUUUCCUUCAUGGUCUAAAAUAAUAAUGGUGGUAAAAACUCUGUACUCAUGGGAGCAUGGCUUGGAGCAAUCACUACAAAUGUUACUUCUUUUUUGUUUGUUUUUUGCUACAUUAAUUUAAGAUGUAAAGAAUUAUUUCUAUAAUGAGAUAAUUCUUUCUAUAACAAGAAAGAUCCCUCCAAUCACCAAGCCUGCAAUGACUACCAUUACAUUUGCUGAGAGACUUUAUGCCAGAUCAUCCACGCCUUGGAAGUCUUUUUGUUGGAGAAAAGUGACUUUAAGGUCAGCUGCAUGAUGAGGUGGUGAGCAUGCUCUCCCAAUGGCUUCUGUUAUGUUACUCAUGUAUCUUGCUCUUAAGUCACAGUAAAACCACUGGUUUCUCCGAAGACACAGGACUGCUUGUUCUUGUUGGAGCAGGUCAAUAUUGCUCCCCUCAGGAAGGAGGCUCCCAUGUGGAGGUAGUAAUAAAAUGGUGUCUUUUUCACAUCAGUAUGAAACCCCUGCUACAGUGGGUGGUGAAAAUUUCACUUAUCCGUUAGGCAUAUAGGAGGCUGUUCUGAUGAACUAGCAGCUACUGGUGUCUUGUUUAUUAAUUCAGAUAUCAAAGAUGUGCGAGACAAUCCUAUAUUAAUAGCUGUUUACAAAUAGGUUAUGUGCCUUGUGUUUAGUGCUGUUGGGAAGCAGUUUUUUCCCCCCAGCUACCCAACAGUCCUGUGGUGCAUUCAAACACAUUCAUGUUUCCCCCAGCUCUUCUUUGAACUUUCUCAAACCUGCUGCGCUGCAAAAUUUGGGGAAGAUCAUAGCAAAACCUGGAUGGCUGCCAUGUGGGUGGUAAAAGCUUGGAUUUUCCCUGUCCUUGUGGCAUCCAUUUUCCCUAGCCCGGCAAUAGCCAUUUUCUCCCUACUGGGCAGCAUCUCUUCUAGACAUUGGCAAGUAAAUGCCACUCUAACGAUGUGUGUAUUUGAAUCCCCAGCUUUCAUGUUUUUAAAACAAGUCUGUAGUGCUACAGACUUUUUUUUUUACACAGAAUUCUGAGAACCUGAUACACACUUUGUUAUAACAUGAUACUGACAUGGCAUUGGAUUGCUGUUAUUUUUUUAAGCUGAAAAAGCUCUGUAUGGCUUGGCUGCUGCAAGACUGGAACAGGAAAACGGCAAAGAAGCCUGCCAUGUGAAAUCAUCCCUGCUGCUGUGCUGUAUUGGCCCCUGUAACAGCAACGGGGAAGCUACCCCCAUCUCCAAGACUAUUUUCACUUUUAUUCAGUUCUAAUUUUAAGAAGUCAAAGUGAAUACUCAAAUUCUAUCUUUUACAAGUUCUUGGAUAAGAGGACCCACUACCCACGAUCUUUUAACAGAGAUCAAAUCCUGGGAGUAUGUGUGUGUUUUUUUUAUUGUAUCUCUUCCCCUCAUUUAUUCUACUUCUAUUGACUUCUGACUAUGGUCUUCAGAGAGUCCAGUCUCAAGGUCACUUUGGCGUGCUUUUUGCAGACUUCUCAUUUGUAAUUUGAAUUGCUUAUUUAAGGUUUUAAUAAUAGUGGGUUGUAUCCACUUGCUCGGAAAAAUGUGCAAAUUUCUUCCUUCCCUUUCUUCUACAGUAAUGAUGCCUGGAGGCACUAGCUCUUUGUCAGAAAAAAUGUGUCCAUUUGGGUGAAUUCUAUGAUUCUCAGGUAUCUCUCUGGGAUUCAAAUGGGCCAGCUGAACAAGGGAGAAAUGCUAUGUCGGGGCCUUGUGCUGGCAGUUGUUUGGCUAAGACCUUCUAUUAAAUAACAGUUGCAUUAUGAA